AUUUAAGCCGGAAUUAACUCGCUGUGCUAGUCCUAUAGCUAUGUACCUGUCUUCAUCCCUGUUUUUAUCUCACAGAUCUGUCUCUCCAAGACUCUGGAACCGCCACAAUCUUCUCCUUAUCCACUGACUCUGAGGAGCUUGUCUUUAAGACCUCUGCAAGGAGUGUCUCAAACACCUGGGUGGGGCAGGUGUCAUGGCUGCCAGGCUUAUAGGAUUCUUCCUACUUCAGGCGAUAACAUGGGCAUAUGGUGCCCAACCCUGCAUCCCUAAAAGUUUUGGCUACAGCUCAGUGGUCUGUGUCUGCAAUGCCACAUACUGUGACUCUCUUGACCCCCUGACCUUACCUGCUCCUGGUACCUUCAGCCGCUAUGAGACCACUCGAAGUGGACGACGAAUGGAGCUGAGUGUCGGGUCCAUCCAGGCCAACCGCACUGGCACAGGACUACUACUGACCUUGCAGCCAGAAGAGAAGUUCCAGAAAGUGAAAGGAUUUGGAGGAGCAAUGACAGAUGCCGCUGCUCUCAACAUCCUUGCCUUGUCUCCCUCUGCCCAGAAUCUGCUGCUCAAAUCAUACUUCUCUAGUGAAGGAAUUGAAUAUAACAUCAUCCGGGUACCCAUGGCCAGUUGUGACUUCUCCAUUCGUAUCUACACCUAUGCUGACACCCCUAAUGACUUCCAGCUAGCCAACUUCAGUCUCCCAGAAGAAGACACCAAGCUCAAGAUACCCCUGAUUCACCGAGCCCUGAAGAUGUCCCCACGCCCCAUCUCACUCUUUGCCAGUCCCUGGACAUCUCCCACUUGGCUCAAGACCAACGGAGCAGUGAAUGGGAAAGGGUCUCUCAAGGGACAACCAGGGGAUAUCUAUCACCAGACCUGGGCCAAUUACUUUGUCAAGUUUCUGGAUGCUUAUGCUAAGUACAAGAUAAAAUUCUGGGCAGUGACAGUGGAGAAUGAGCCUUCUGCAGGGCUCUUGACUGGGUACCCCUUCCAGUGCCUGGGCUUUACUGCUGAGCAUCAGAGAGACUUCAUUGCCCGCGACCUAGGGCCAGCGCUUACCCACAGUUCUCAUGAUGUCCAGCUAUUCAUGCUAGAUGAUCAGCGUUUGCUGUUGCCCCGCUGGGCACAGGUGGUGCUCUCAGACCCAGAGGCAGCUAAGUACGUUCAUGGCAUCGCUGUACACUGGUACAUGGACUUUCUGGCUCCAGCCAAAGCCACUUUAGGGGAGACACACCGCUUGUUCCCCAACACAACACUCUUUGCUUCAGAGGCCUGUGUGGGUUCCAAGUUCUGGGAACAGAGUGUCCGACUGGGCUCCUGGGGUCGAGGGACGCAGUACAGCCACAGCAUCAUCACAAACCUACUUUACCACGUGGCUGGAUGGACUGACUGGAACCUCGCUCUGAAUCCUGAGGGAGGGCCCAACUGGGUCCGCAACUUUGUUGACAGCCCCAUUAUUGUAGACAUCCCCAAAGACACGUUCUACAAACAGCCCAUGUUCUACCACCUUGGCCACUUCAGCAAGUUCAUUCCUGAGGGAUCCCAGAGAGUAGGGCUGGUGGCCAGUGAGAAGAAUGACUUGGACACGGUGGCACUGAUACGCCCUGAUGGCUCUGCAGUUGUAGUCGUGUUAAACCGCUCCUCCAAGGACAUUCCUCUUACCAUCAGUGACCCUGACCUGGGCUUCCUGGAGACCAUCUCACCUGGUUACUCCAUUCACACCUACCUGUGGCGGCGCCAGUGAAGGAACCUCAUGGACAUUAAAGGGAGUUAGCUCAUGUGCUACCGGGCUGUGCAUGCUAGGUCCAGACGUACUCACCAGCACAGGAAGGAGUUUCUCCUCCAGCAAAGACAUGAAGGCUAGGGUAUCCGCUCCUUGCCGAGCUGACAGAUCAUAGUCAGCGUUAUACUUCUGUGGAAGAAAUGUCCGUGAGGUGAACACUAAAGGAGAGCAGGGUACGCUCUCAGAAGGGAUGGUACCCCACACCAGCCUCUGAGCUUUGCCUGCUCAGGACUCCUUGCCUCAGCCCAGCCAGUAGCCUGUUGCUGUUGGCAGAAAGCCUGGGCUUUGGAGCCCACUGGCUGGUGAGGUCCUGCACCCACUGGGGGAAGAAAGGAGGCCUGGCCGCACAGUGGGAGCAGCUCCCAGAGUUUCCACGGAAAGCUGGCAGCAUGCCGCUGACAGCCAACUUUCUAACAGUAGCUUCCUGAUCCAGACACCGCAAAGCAGCAGAGUGGAGCUCACUGCGGGCUGGGCCUCAGCCCGUGAUGCAGAAAUCAGGGGGCACCAUCUUUACCCUCCUUGAACCCUGUAAAUUUAUGCCCAGCCACCCCCACCUCCAACUUGUCUCUCAUGACUAAGCUCUUGGCUCUCUUCUGCUUCACUCAAAGUCUGUGUGCCAUCACUGCACAUAUAUCCUGCCAGGACUCUAGUGUCUUAGUGGGGCCUACUUUUCCAGGCUUCAGUCUGGGGCUUAGUAGCUCCCUCCCUGUACUAAAAAGCUUUGUCCCCAGACAACCUCUUGAGUAUGAUACUUAAAUUUCCCAAACCUCACUUUCUCCUUUAUGGAAUGAGAUAGUAAUCUUUUUCUCUCCAUGUGGCUGGGUUUGGAAAUAAUUUAGGAAAAAACACUUUGGAAACUGGAAAGGCUGUGUUUAUAUGCAAGGAAUCAAGGCAGGAACCCAGGUCCUGCCAGGAACCUUGGCUUUUGUCUGGAUUCUAUUUCUCUGGGCCUCUAAGCUUCCAUUACUUUCCCAGCUCCCUGGAAAGUAGAGAUGAGAAAGAGGCUCCUAUUUCUGAUGGUAUGUUCCCUCUUGGAACAACACUGCGAUGCCAGGCCUUUUAAAGCAUGCUGGCUAAGCCCCCAUGUUUUAAAGAGUUCCGGUUGGCGAGAUGGUUCAGCAGGUAGAUGUACUUACUAGCAAGCUUGAUAACAUGAGUCCCAUCACAGGAGCCCAUAUGGAAGGAGAGGAUUUAUUCCCACAAACUGUCCUCUGACCCCCCCAAGCAUGCUGCAGCAUUCGUGCAUACACCCCCACACACAAGAUAAAUAAAUGUUUAAAAACAAAAACAAGA